GAAAAAGAUUUCAGAAAGACUUUGAAGAAACGUGCAAUAUAUGCAGUGAGUAAUCAACAAAGAAUCUUCAAAAUGCAAUUAAUUUUGGUGUUUCUUUUCUGCAUCGCAGCAGCUGAAGACCGAUCUCUUGACUAUGAUGAUUUAACUGGUGUGGUUGGAGCCAGAGAGGGUAAAAAAUGGUCAGUAGAUCCCCGUGGGCACAGACCUCUUGGUGUAAAUGAACAACCGACUGAAAUACAUAGAACACCAGUCUCUACUACUCAUGAAGCUGUCACCAGAAGAUCAAGGUUCGAGGUUACUUCCACACCCCAGAAACAAAAAUCUAGUCAGAGAAAAUUUGACCACGACAAAGGAGGCUGCAGCUUUCUCACUGAAGAACUGGGGGUGCUGUGCCCAAAUGGCUGUGAACUGAGGACUGCGCUUUUAAAGGACGAAAGGAGUAUGAUGCCAGUCAUUGAAAACUUAAAACUUCAAGUUUCAAAUCUUUCCCAGUCUUCAAAGAAAAUUAACAUUUAUGUGGAAAGAGUAGAUAAUGAAAUGCACUGGCGUGAAUCACAGUACAUAGGGAACAAUCAAAUAUUAAGUUCAUACAAUACAGAAUUGGAGGAACGUUUUGCAUUGAUAAAAGAAAAAGUAACACAAACACUUCCUUCUUCUAUUCGUCUGAUGCGUUCCCUGGUGGACAGUCUCAAAGAGAAGCUGCAAAAGCUUGAACGAGCAGUAUUGACACAGAAAGAAUAUUGUGCACAUCCAUGUACAGUUUCCUGCAACAUACCUGUGGUUUCAGGCAGAGAAUGUAAUGAGAUUUACGAAAAUGGUGGUAGAACAUCUCAGCUUUACUUAAUCCAACCAGAUUCCUUCAAGCCACCUUACAAAGUUUACUGUGACAUGACAACAGAUGAAGGAGGAUGGACACUGAUUCAAAACAGACAAGAUGGUAGUGUUGACUUUGGUAGAUCUUGGGAUGCUUAUAAAAAUGGAUUUGGUAACAUAGCCUUUGAUUCAGGAAAAGGUUUUUGUGAUACUCCAGGUGAAUACUGGCUGGGAAAUGACCGAAUCAGUCAACUGACAAAACUGAGAACUACUGAGCUCUUUUUUGAAAUGCAAGACUGGAAUAAUGAUAUGGUGAAAGCCCACUAUUCCAAGUUUGUGGUACAGUCUGAAAUCAACAAAUAUCGGCUAUCAGUCAAUGGCUAUUCAGGAGUGGCUGGCAAUACACUUAUGGAAGGAGCUAAAAUGCUGUUUGGAAUCAACCGAACCAUGACUAUCCAUCAGGACAUGAUGUUCAGUACUUAUGACAGAGACAAUGAUGGAUGGGAACCUGAAAAUCCAAGCAAACAAUGUGCCAGAGAAGAUGGUGGUGGUUGGUGGUAUAAUAGGUGUCAUUCUGCAAAUCCAAAUGGUAGAUAUUAUUUUGGUGGAGUAUAUACAAAAGAAAUGGCAAAACAUGGCACUGAUGAUGGAAUAGUGUGGAUGGACUGGAAAGGAUCAUGGUAUUCAUUGAAGACGAUGAGCAUGAAAAUCCGACCAGAGUUCACUUCCUCAAUUCCAGUUCAGGAACAAAUACCUCAAGAGUUCCUGGCAGUCUGAUAAAUUCAAAUAUUUAAAGGAUGUGGAAUGAAAAAUAAAUUUUACAUGGAUUUCA